CCGCCCGUGCCCGGGCGCGCCGAGCGGGAGCCCCGGGCCCGCGCCGCCGUCGGAGCCCAAGGCCGAGUCGAGCACGGCGGACCGGCGCUCGGCGCGGACCUGCAGGCGGAAGGCACUCCGGCCUCCGAGGGCAGGGUGCCUGGCCGGAGUCUGGCGGACAUCGCGGCCGCGUGCCAGGCGAAGAGGGCGGACAGUUUGGAGAAGGGGCCGGAGGCGCGCCCGGCCGGGAGGCCGCGGCAUCUGGCGCCGCUCCGCGGGGAUGCGCCGCGGGAGGCCAAGAGGCCGCGCGACGCCGUGGCCUUCGACCGCCAGCUCUUCCGGGUGGCGACCACCUCGCUGGACCAGGGCGCGCUGCGGGCCAACGCCGCGAAGAUGCUGCGGACGAUGCUCGAGCAGCGGCUGGUGCCCGACGGCGACACCCAGAGGCAACUUCUGGUGUCGCUCGACGGCAAGCUCCCAGACGAUCUGAACGAGGCCUUCUGGUCGCUGCAGGAGCAGGGCUGCGUGCUGAGCCGUGCCGUGUUGUGCUCCCUGAUGGUCCUCGUCGUCGUCCGGAAGGCGCCUCUGAGGACGCUGCAGCUUUACAGGGACCUCGUGUCGGCGUCGGGGGAGCACGCCCCGGACCGCGCGGCCUGCAACGCCGCGCUGUGCGCCCUCGCCCAGUUCGGCCAGGCCGACGAGGGGAUGGCGUGCCGCCGUGCGACCACACCCUCCGCCUCCUCAUCCAGACGUGCACGGCUCGCCGGCUGCACAAGGAGGCGCAGAUGUUCAUCGACGAUUUCUCGAGCUCGAAAUCCCUGGAGAGGAACGGGCCCUUCUCCGAGGACGACAUCGGGGACCCUACCACGCAGGCGAAGUCCGACUGACCCCCUGAGAGCGCACUCUCAGAUGGCCCCGCCUCGUACGGCUGGAGCUGAGCUGAGCUCGUCGCUUGCGCACCCUUUGAUCCGUCGACAGGGCUUUUUUCCUCAUCCUCGUCCUCUUCUUCAUCCCUCUUCCUCCUCCCACUCCUUCUCGUCACCCGCCACGCCGAUACCCUGUCGCUCGGCAGGUGCCUGCGGCCCAGCUAGCUGGACUAGCCAAGUGGCGUCCGAUGCUGGAGUUUGAUCGGCGCGUUCUGGAGCGCACGCCGUGGCGGUGGACAGCGACCGCGCCAUCUCGUCGGAGCCCUGCGCGGCACCUCACGGCAGGUACUGCGCGGGCACCCGCUGGCGUGCAGGCCGCUCGACUUGGUCCUCGCCCUCUUGCUCGCCUCCUCGGCGCCUGGUGCGCGAUCUCUCCCUCGAUGGGGAAAGAUCUGCUGGUUGUCUGGUUGUCCCUGCCCCCCCGAAUCUGCUCGCAGGGGCGUCCCCUCUGACCGCGCACUGUUUCUUCGUCGGCGCCGCACCUCUGGGUCGCCCCCCUGUGGGGACCCCGAGUCGCAAGGGAUCGCGCCUCACAGCAUGUCCAGCGCCUUGUUCACCCUCCAUCGGGCCGAAAGCCUGCUCCAUGGCCAGUUGCUGCCCUGGCAGGGGUGGUUAGGGGUGCCUCCGGCUUCGUCGCGAAGCCGACGUGGUUGGCAUAGCUGUGGCUGCUGAGGCUGCAGUACGCCUCUCGCAACCCUGAGAUCCUGGCGCCGCGAUUUUCUCGAGCCAGCCGUCGUCGCUGGGCGGCCACCCAUUUCGUCGCCCUACCGUUGGCCUUUUGUACAUCCGGCAGGCGCCGUCCCCCGUUCCAGUGCGCUCCCGCAGCACCUCUCGGCGGCGUGCCCAAUGAGAGGCCGGCGAGCGAGGGCGCCAGACUGCAUGGCGUCGGGCGCUUUCGGCCCCUCUCCUCCUCCUCCUCCUCCUCCUCCUCCUCCUCCUCUCCUCCUCCUCCUCCUCCUCCUCCUCCUCCUCCUCCUCCUCC